AUGAAAAGUUAUUUUUCUGAAUAUCCAAAUUUUUUUAAUGAAAAAUUAAGACCAAAUAAUUUAAAUGAAAUUUUAAAAAAAUUAGAAAAAUUUAUUGAAAAUGAACAUGUAAUUUUUAUCACUUCAGGUGGAACUAAAGUACCACUUGAAAAAGCGGAAAUUAGAAAUAUAGAUAACUUCUCAACAGGUAGAAGAGGAGCACUUAUUUGUGAGUAUCUUUUAAAAAUAAAUAAAAAGGUGAUUUUUUUACAUAGAAAGGGAUCAAUAAUUCCUUUUGAAUAUCAUUUAAAAAGUUUCAUAAGAAUGGAUAAUAUAGAUGUUGUUGAUAACAAAAUUGCUUUUAAUUUAAAUGAAGAAGAGCAAAAUAUAUUAAUGGAUAAUAUUAAAAAUUACAAAAAAUAUUCUAAAAAUGUUUUUUUUAUUUCCUUCAAUACUGUUUUUGAAUAUGGUUACUAUUUAAUUGAAAUUUGUAAUUUAUUAAAUGAAAAUUUAAAUAAAAAAUAUACGAACUAUUUAAAUAUUAUAAAAACAGAACAAAUAUUUAAUUGUAACUCCCUAGAUCAACCAUAUGCUAAAAAUUUUUUUAAUGAUUUGUUAUUUUUUUUCACUAAUUAUAAAGUUUGUCACAAAUUAAAUGAACAAAAAGCGAGUAAAUUAUUAGAAAAUCUAAUUAUAUUUCAAAGACUUUAUUCAGAAAAAAAUCAAAAUAAUAAUAGUAUUCAAGAUAUUGAAAAUUCUUUUAAUUAUAUAUCAUCUAUAUUAAAUAUUAUUAUUAAAAAUAAAGAAUACAUAUUACUUGAAGAACAUAAAGAAAACAUAAUUUUAAAAAUUAAUCUUUUAAUUGGUAAAAUGAAUUAUACUGAAAAUUAUGUUAUAGAUCAAAUAUUAAAUGAAAAUAAAAAUGAAAAUAAAAAUGAAAAUAAAAAUGAAAAUAUAAGUAAAUGUAAAGAUUCAUAUAAAAAAGAACAUUUAAAUGAAAAGAACAAUUCGAAUAAAAAUUUAAAAAAACAUGAUAUUUUCAAAGAAAAUGAAUAUUUAAAUAGUAAUGUAAAAAAAAAUAAUGAAAAUAAAUUAAAAGGAUUAUUUAUUACAUCUCAUCUAGUUAUACUUUGUGCCGCUGCUAGCGAUUUUUAUAUUCCGUUUAACGAAUUAUAUGAAAAUAAAAUAGAAAGCAACAAUUCUCUUCAUUUAAAUAUGUGGUUAACACCUAAAUUCUAUAAAAUCAUAAAAAAAUAUUUUCUUUUAUUAAAAUUAUGUAUUUUCAAAUUGGAAAAUGAUGAAAAAAAGUUGAUAGAAAAAUCAAAUGAGAGAAUACAAUAUGCUGAUAUGUUAAUAGCAAAUGUAUUAACUGAAAGAUACAAUUUUGUUUACAUUUUCAAUAAAGAAUUUGAUUAUUUUUUAUUGAAAAAAGCCGAAUAUGAGCCAAUUGAAAAUCAAAUAUGCAACUAUAUAUGCAAACACUUCAAUUAUAUGAAAAAUGCAUAA